AUGUACCCGUCGCCGCCCGCAUCUCCCACCCCAAAUGGAUUCUGUGCGCCGGAAGACCGAUUGGGCCAAAUUCUCGCUGGUAGGCUGCAACUCACUGGCGUCCUCGGAGUGGGAGCGUAUGGAGUCGUCUACACCGCCGUCGACAUCCAGACCAACAUUCCCUAUGCUGUAAAGGCGCUUAACAAGAUCGGCCUUGAGCCCCGUCAACGCAAGUUCCAGCAGCGAGAGAUCCAGCUCCACCACCAAGCUAGCGCACACCCCAACGUUGUCUCUCUGGUCAAGAUCAUGGAUGCUCCUGACUGCACCUACGUCGUUAUCGAGUACUGCCCGGAAGGUGAUCUUUUUUCAAACAUCACUGAGCAGGGCAAGUUUGUCGGUAACGAUGUCUGGGCCAAACGUGCUUUUCUUCAAAUCCUCGAUGCUGUUGAGUACUGCCACUCUAUUGGAAUCUACCACAGGGAUCUCAAGCCUGAAAACGUCUUGGUCACCGACCAAGGCAUGACCUGCAAGCUGGCCGAUUUUGGACUGGCCACUACUGAUCACGUUACCUCUGACUUUGGAUGCGGCUCCACCUUUUACAUGUCUCCCGAGUGUCAAACUUCCGCGCCCAAGGCAUACUCUUGCUAUGCCUCGGCACCCAAUGACGUCUGGAGCCUAGGAGUCAUCCUCGUCAACCUCACCUGUGGACGCAAUCCUUGGAAGCGUGCGUCUUCCGAGGACAGCACUUUCCGUGCUUUCAUGAAAGACCCCACCUUCCUCAGGACUAUCCUCCCUAUCUCUUUGGAGCUUGAUGCCAUCCUGAGGCGCGUCUUUGAUUUCAACCCUGCGAGGAGAGCCACUAUCCCAGAGCUUAGGCAGAUGAUUUUGAACUGCCCCACUUUCACGGCCACAAAGUCGGUCGUCUCCACUCCUCUGCCCUCGCCUCCUCUCAGCCCUUACUACGAGUGCUAUCAGCAUGCUCCCGCUGUUCCUUCCAUGGCUCCUUUGCCUGGCGCCGUGUACGCUCCGGCCUUCUACCCUCAGCACUCCACUUCGUCUGGAAGCUCCAACUCAGACAACGACUCUAUGUUCUCUGCAUGUUCGUCAGCGUCAUCUUCCUCGUCCACAUCUUCCUACCAGAACGUCUACAACGCUCCUACCCAGAAGUUCUCUUCUCGGGUUCCUCAGCAACAAUACGUUUCUCCCCCUCCCACCAACAACUGGUUCCAGCCUUUCAUCCACGCCGCCAACCUGGUCAAGCAUGUGUCCUUCCAGCCCUCAAUGAUGGCUGCACCGGUCCACGUUCACUAG